AUUCUAGUUACCUUGUGUGUUUUGCUCUAGCGAGCGUUAAACACAGUGACGAGCUUCGUAUUUUUGUUGUAAAUGUCUUCAAACUAGGUCUAUGGGUGUGUAGAAUGUAAUGGUGUGUUGAGCAUUCUGGGCAACAGGUGAUCCCGUGUUUCCAGGCGUAGAACGUGAGCGGCAGUAGUUUUAGCCAAUCAGCGGAAAGAGAUAGGAUCCCAGGAGCCAAUCAGAUUUGUCCGCAGUGCCGGUGUGGGUGUUGCCCCAGUCGGACAGGAUACACAAGCUGUAGCAGCGGUGUCAUCAGCCAUAGAUCCACACAGGGCGCGGAGGAGAAGCAGCAGCCAGGGAGGGUGGUGCUUUGCUGUUGUUAGGUGGAUUUUUUUUUCCGCCUUCGUUGCUGUGAAAAUAAGAGGAAAUACGCCGUGAGCUGGAUUUCAGAUCGAGUAGACGACAGAAGAAAUUACAUCUCAGCUUGGAGAGGAUUAGAUUUAACAUUUUAACCACAGAGGACUCUCUCACUGAGAGGUAAUUCCUGCUGCCUUUUCGGACUAUAAGCGCCUGUGAGGAUUACUUCCGGAUCGCCUUUCGUGAACCUCGUUGGUUUCCUGUUCCUCCCGAUGUGGAACGAUGGGGAAUGGACUGUCUGAACAGCCUAAGUUUUCCUCCAACAUGUCGUUCUUCCAGUCCUUUCACAUCGCCAUUCUUGGACUAGACUCUGCUGGAAAGACGACGGUGUUAUACAGACUGCAGUUCAACGAGUUUGUGAACACGGUGCCGACCAAAGGCUUCAACUCGGAGAAGGUGAAAGUGACCCUGGGCAGAAACCGGGCCGUCACCUUCCACUUCUGGGACGUUGGGGGUCAGGAGAAGCUCCGCCCCCUGUGGAAGUCGUACACGCGAUGCACGGACGGGAUCAUAUUCGUGGUGGACUCUGCAGAUGCGGAGCGCAUGGAGGAGGCCAAGACCGAGCUGCAUAAGAUUGCCAAGAGUUCGGAGAACCAGGGUGUCCCGGUGCUGGUGGUGGCCAACAAGCAGGACUUGAGGGUGUCGCUGGCGCAGGGGGAGAUCGAGAAGCUGCUGGCACUGAAGGAGCUGGGCCCCGCCACGCCCUGGCACCUGCAGGCCUGCUGCGCCAUCAUCGGGGACGGACUCCGAGACGGCCUUGACGAACUCUACAAGAUGAUCCAGAAGAGGAGAAAAAUGCUUCGCCAGCAGAAGAAGAAGAGAUAAACUCAUACACUGCAAAAACGCCAAAUCUUGCAAAGUAUUUUCUUGUCUAGUUUCUAGUGCAAAUAUCUGAGUGCACUUGAAUUAAGACACUGCUAACGUAAAAGUAACUUACCAGGAGAUACAGAAGCUUGUUUUAAGUAAAUAACUUCUUUAUUUUGACGAAAAAAGUACUAGCUCCAUUGGCAGAUUGUUUCACUUAUAACAUGGGGAAAUUGUCCUGUUACAAUUGACAAUUUCCCCAAUUGUCACUUUUUAUAAUUGGGGAAUUUGGUAGUAAAUUUACUGCCAAAUGGAAAUUGGCAGUAAAUUCAUCUACCAGUGGAACUAGAACUUUUUCACCAAUAUUAAGGAAUUAUUAACUUAAAACAAGGUCCUGUAUCUUGCUGAAAAGAUACUUGGAUGAUAGUUUAGUCUUAUUUCAAGUGUAAUAAGAUAUUUGCACUAUAAAGUAGACCAAAACUGCCCAGUCAGAUUUGGUGUUUUUCAGGGUAACAAAAUUAGAUUUUUUUUUUUUCCUGCUGUUAUAUUAUGAAGGAACUAUUCCCCCUCUCCCCCCGUUUCACUGCAGGUUCAUAUUCACUGGGCUGAGUUUUAUUAGUCCAAAGGUGAGCUUUUAGGAUUCCCGGUUGUGGUUGGAUGUCAAUGCUGUUGAUCAGGAAGUGAAGGUGAAGAAUAACAGUAGGAGGAGGUGAAGGUUUCAGACAUGUGUAGAUGUGUUUUAUAGCGGAACUACGCAGCACUGAAGGUUUUGGGGUCUGGAAAGGUGAUUGAAAAUGCUUAAAGGAUGCUACGUGAUUUCAAGCGGCUGGUUUUCACCCGAUAUUACCAAAAAUAAUUCAAGGCUUCGACUCGUUGAAGGAGGGACAAAAAAAGAGGUUGCACACGAGAGGCAGUUGUAUUUAAUUGGUUCAAAUGUUAUAUCUUGUAAAUUUUUUUUUUCCACACUGGAUUUUUUUUGUUUUGUAAAAAUAAAAAGUAUUAUGAAUUAUUACAGUAUCAUCUGAUUGUUUGCUGUCUAUCUAGAUUU